UAUAUGAUUGUUAAAAAGAAAAACAAGAAAAAACUAUUUGAUGAUAAAAUCAUGAGUCCAGAAUUAUCAUCAAAAAUUAUUGACAAAGAAGAUAAAUUGGAUUUGAAAACUAUUAUAUCGGAAAUUACUGAUACAACCUUACCGACCACUAUAACCGAUUCGAGCCAAUCAUCAUCAUCGAUUAUCGAUAAAGAUGAUGAUUUGAGAUUGAAAGCUAUUAUAUCUUCCUCUAUAACCAGUAAAUCACCAAUGAAAACACCACAACCAAUAAAAUCACCAAUGAAAACACCACAACCAAUAAAAUCACCAAUGAAAACAAUGAAAACACCAAAAAAAAUAAAAUCACCAAUGAAAAAAAUGAAAACACCACAACGAAUAAAAUCACCAAUGAAAGCAAUGAAAACAAAUCAACCAUUAAAAUUACCAUGUAAUCACGAUACAACAUGCAAAAAAUGCGAACAUUAUCUUUAUUCUUAUUGUUAUAAAUAA